UUAGUGCUGUUUUGAUUCUGUGUUGUCGAAGCAGUCAUGAUCUGAAAUAAUCUGCUAGCGAAUGCGUGUUUAUUGCCGUUUCGUAGAGUUACAUCUGAAUUGUCCGGCGAAAUGCGUGAGUGCAGCCGACGAACUCGGUGUACUUGCUGUCAAGGGGGUAGCUAUUCAACACUUUCGAUUUAGGGUAUCUGUGAGAAUUUUAACUCGCAUCUUCUGAAUGAGCCUCAAGUUCGCUCAUCAGUUUCGUUGAGUACGCGUUGCUCUGAGCUUCAGCCGGGACCUCUUCGUGGCCGUAAAUGAUGCGCCAUAGGUGGUGCCGUAUGUUUCUCGGUCUCAUAUGCGUAAACUUUUUCUCGGUGUUUAUUAUGUGGAUAUAUCUCGACAGCAAGUGCCCGUGCUACGAGACAUCCCGUGAAGGCGGCGACGUCAGAGCCUCCGGGGAGGCGGCCCGGCAACAUCAGCGCUCGUUCGCCGUGCCUCAGGGCGAUCACGACUACAGUGCCGGAGGAGCUAUGAAGAUGCGCAACGCGGCCCCUCUCGACGACAUCUACGACCUGCCGAACUCCCUCGUUACUCUCGUGCUGCGCGAGUUCGAAUUCUAUGAGCACGACCUAGUGGAGACCGUUCGCUCUUUUCACACGGUGUUUCCGCGCAUGCCGAUCGUGCUGUUUGCAGACGACGUGCCGUAUCCGCCUCUGAGGUUUCCCCGAGAGGAAUUCGGCCCGAACAUCACUGUCGUCCCACUCGCCAGGGAUCCGGGCCGCCACGCCAACGCUACGCGCUUGGAAAACUACGUUAAGACGGACCUGGUGUUGUUCGUGCCCGAUUCCGUGCGCAUGACGCAGCCGGCCAUCGUCACCACCAUGAUCAAGCGCAUCUUUAAGAACCCGCGCCAGAUGGUGGCCGUUCGAAUUGCGGGAGAGAUGCGACGCUGCCUGAACCUAGACGUCAACUUGCGCGAGUGGACGCUGGUGUACCGCAAGGCGUCGCGCACGGCCGAGUCUCAUUGCGAUGCGUUUGGAGGCCGGCACUUGCUCAUGGUCAAGUCCGAACUGGUGCUGUCGCUCAGCGAGCCGCUGGUGCGUCCGUUCCCCGAGGCGCUGUACGUACAGACAGCGCUCAGACACGUGAAGAUUGAAAUCGUCGACAGCCUGGUUGCCCAGAAUGGCCGCACACUGUUCACAACAGAGCACAAUCGGGAGAAACUGCGUGCAGCCACUACAAGUCGUCGGUCGCAGCUCUACACCAACUUUGGCGUGAAAAAAGUCCACCAGCCCGGUGGGGAAGUCACGUGGCACGGCUGCAAGCGGGAAACCUCUCGUUGCUUUGGCACUGUGGUGGAUGAGACACCAGAUUACCUGUACAAAGGGCGCUGGACACCACCGUGUUGCCUGGAAAACUUGCGUCGCACAGCCAGACACGUGUUUGCCAUACUGGAAAGGUGCAAGACCCGUUACUGGCUAGAAGGUGGUAGCCUCCUUGGUGCUGCCAGAAAUCACGACAUCAUUCCAUGGGACUACGACAUUGACAUUGGUGUGUAUAGCGACGAUGUGCAGCGCUGUGAGUGGCUGCGGAACUCUCAAAAAGGUUCUGUGAUUGAUGCUGACGGCUACGUGUGGGAGAAGGCUACGGAGGGAGACUUUGUUCGCGUUCAGUACAGCACUACCAAUCGAGUGCAUGUGGACAUCUUUCCCUUUUACUCCCGAAAUGGUGUCAUGACUAAAGACACGUGGUUCAAGAGCCAUCCACAAGACAGGGAGUUCCCAGAGCAUUUUCUGAAGCCUCUAUCUAGCAUCCUCUUUGUAGGAGUGUUUGCAUCAGCACCCAACAAUAUCACUCAGUUUCUGGAGUUGAAGUUUGGGAAAGGUGUUGUAGGAAAGCCCCAGUAUCCAAACCCAGCCUUGUUGGCCUAUCCGAAAAGCACUGGUGCUUAGCACUGGACUAGAGCAAUUAGUAUGUGAAUUUAAAACAUGGUGAUAAUAGUUUCGAUAGCAGUUUAUUGCAGGGUUUCUGCCUAAUCAUCAUGGAGCAUAACAUUGUGCAUUAGUAAUUUUUUUGUCCUCUUGGAUUUUUGUAGGCUUCAGCAAACUCGGUGCAGUGCUUAACCUCCAUAGGUGCAAUGACUGAAUAUUAAGCAUAUUAUCAAUCUCUGAUUUACUUAUGCCUAGCUCACUAGUCAGCAGAAUUUGUUUGUUGAACCUUUAGAAUGUUUUGUAAAUCUGCAACCACUGUAGAGGGAACCUUUUAAAACAGAAAAUACAAAUUCGAAAGGUAAAAGCUGUGACAGUGUGUUCUCAUUGCUGUCAUACCUAUCAUAUAUAUCACCAGGCCGAAAAUUUUAUUUUGUUUCAAGAGAAAUUGGCACUCACUGACCAUGUGUAAAAAUAAUAUCAUGUUUCGAAGUCACAGCUUUGUUUUUCAUUUGCUGCGUCCAUGGCAAUUACACAAUCCUUUAUGGCUUGGCAUAUGCUCCUGUUUGAGAUACAGUUGAAAUUUAUUAUACUGAAGUCUGAUCUAUAUGAAAAUACUUUCGUCAUAUCUGAUAUUUGUUACAUGCUGAUAUUGGUGAUAAACAAUUUAGAUUUCCUUUGUUAUAUCCAGUAAUUUGGUAUAUGUUUUCGUUACAUCAAGGCUUGACUCUAUAUGUUUCUGAAGUUGUGCUUUGUUUAUGCCCAGUUUGUUUGUAUGGUAUGGUGCAACUACUACCCAGUAUCCAGAUAGAUGAUUAUGCAGGCAGAGAGUCAUCCUAUUGGGGGUGCGGGAGGCGGGGGGUGGGGUGGGGGUUAAUUGCCACAUGCCAUACCCCCUACCCCUCUUGUCUCUUUAGUCGCUGUCUCUUUAGUCGUUUUGUGCAGUGUGAAUACAGGAAGACUUUACUUGAGUUAACUCCAAUGGUUAGAAGGUACUCAAAAAAGCAGCUUGCCCACCUGAAAGCUCAUCCAAGUGAAACAUGAAUUCGUACACUGUCUAACUGCACUGGGACAUUGCACCUAUUUGCCAAUCUGAAUAGGUCAUUCAAUUGAUGUUAAAGCAAGUGAUAUUUCAUAAUGGUAUUUGACUGGGGUGGUUCGGCCAGGUACUACGCUCACUGGCUGUGUGACCAAAAUGUGUUUUUGGGACCCCUUUAUUGCGGGUGAAAAUAGCAGGCAAGACUAUCUUACUGCAUCAUGUAGCAACUCACAAGCCAUUUUCGCCUAUCACUGCAUGAUUGUGUUCAGAUCUAUGGGUUUAGGCAGUUUAUUGCAAAGCUUUGUCAGAUACUGCAUAAUUGUGUUCAGAGCUAUGGGUUUAGGCAGUUUAUUGCAAAGCUUUGUCAGACACUGCAUGAUUGUGUUCAGAGCUAUGGGUUUAGGCAGUUUAUUGCAAAGCUUUGUCAGACAAGGCUCAUUAGUUUAAGAGACUGAAUACUUUUUAUAGCGAACAUUUACCUCAAGUUUCGCAUUUCCAUGAUCAGUGCUGGAACCAGGAUUAAAUUCGAGGGAAUUUUUUCCAGCCUGCUCAUAGCCUGUUCCACUUUCUUGAGAGAGUGUUGUAAAAUUUUAGGAGAAGCUAUGACACUGAAACAAACUUCGUGGCUAUGCCUGCUACCAUGAUCAUGUACAGAAAACUUAAGUGCUGAGAGUUACAUGUUUUCAGGCACGGCAUUGUGACUAGACUAGUACAUAAAACAGCUUUAAUAUUUUAUUUAUUGCAUGAUGUCAAAGGAGUACUGACAUAGGAUUUCUUACAUGUCAUUUCUUCUUUUCUUUUUUUUCCUUAGCUGACGGUUCAAAUUCUCUAAACUUUAGUAAAAAAAUACUGACCGGCAUCAGAGUGCUCUAAUUUAAUACAAUGCUUGUUUCUAUGAAGCAGUUUCAGUUUUGGUGCCGAGGAGAUGGAUGUGUCAUAAUAUCAUGAUACACCGGCUCGCUCCGUUCCGAUAAUCGCUGCAGCUGCAAAAUGUGAGCACAGCCUGAAGCAACACACGCAGCACUCUUUUCUUUAUAUCAGCAACACCAUCAUAUCUAGCCUUAUUGAUACACAACAUCAGCAAAUGUUGCUCUUUGUCACGACGUCAUGGUAAUGUAAGGUCUGGCAUUUCAAGACAACUUAAGCAUCAAAUUAAAAUAUGCCUUCAACCUUCAUACUUGCUAAAUGUGGUCAUUUUGUACAAGAGAAAUGUGUGGCUGAGUAUUUACAACUUUGAAAAUAUGUCAGUACUCCUAUAAGCUUUCAUAUAUUUAUCUGCUGAAGGGAAAUGUGAAGCUGGUAUGGUGUUCACAAUAUUCUGUGAAAAGAAAUUGCAUAGACAGAACACAAAAAGCACAAAAGUAAGGGUAACCCAGAAAAAUGUCUAGAAUUUAUUGAUGCUUCAACUGGAGCAGCAAAGAACAACCACCACGAGGCAUGUUUUAAUGGGUGAUACAGUAACCCAAGUUUUGUCUAGAUAGGCUCUUAGUCACAUUUCAUUAGUAAGGUAGAUGAUGACUCGUUUGCAGAAUUUUAUUCAGUCUAUAGAUGUCAGUUGGGUAAGCUAUUCCAAUUGUUUAUAGCAUCCGGAAAAAAAUUACCUUUGGCUUAUUAGACGUGUGGCUUCAGAUGCGCGUUAUAGAAUGACUGUGACUGAUACGCAAACGUGUCCUUAAUGGUUGUUUUAGUAGUGCGUUCCGAGAUGGUUUGGUUGUAAUAGAAGGCAUGUAAAAAGCAGUCAUGAGAUGAUGCGGCGUGAGGUGAGUGUCGGUUGUUUUAGUGAUAAUUUUAAUAGUGUGAUACUGGUAUCCUUUUCAUGGUUUGAUGUUAUAAAAUGUACAGUACGGUUCUGAAUUAUUUUUUAGUCAGUGGUGAGGUAAGACUGUUAUGGAUGCCAGACAGAUGUUGAAUACUCCAAUUUCGGUCGAAUGAACAUUGUGUGGGCUAGUUUUUCCUACUUCUGGAGAUGCAUUUUUCAGAUUGCGUCUUAGAUAGCCACGUGUGCGUGAGGCAUUUGAGUAGAUGGAUUCUGUGUGGGACGUCCAUGAUAAAGAUGGGAUCAUGUGCAAGCCAAGGUAUUCGUACGAUUCUGCACAGUUGAUGGGAACUGAGUUGGUGUAAUAAUUGUUCUGGCUAAUUGACGUUUUUGAUUGAGUCUAUUUGAGUUCACAUAUGUUGCUGUUGCACUUGUUGACCCAUGGAUUCCUGGAAUAUUCCGUGUCUUUAAAUGUUUCGUUUCUUUUUUUCUUUUCAUAAAGUGUUACAAGUAAAGCUUUCUAACUUCCAACAUAGCAGCAUCUCUAUUUUUUUUUUUUUUUUAAGAAACAUUUUCUUUUCUGUGUUCUAUCAGCCAUCAGUUAUGUUAUUUACAUUAAUCAGAUGGUAUUUGCCCUAUUUAGGUGAGCAGUACCACACAGUACUAUUUAUAUUUCCUCUUAUUGGAAUGCUACCUGAGUUUUCAGUUUGUUUUAUACUACUAAACUACUGUUGUGUCUUGCUGUGUCUUGGCAUUUGCUGUUUACUUAGUGCAAUUUCUAGCAUUAUAAAUUUUUAGGGAAACAUUUUUGCGCUAUCUUUAUAUUUGAUAAGGUUCAAAAUUUGUGCCCUAUAAUAUGGGCUUGAGGUCAUAGUUAUUUUACCUGAACUGAAAGUGAAUUUCUGAGCAGUGCUUAUUAUUACACUUUAACAUCACUUCUGUUCCAUGUCUUUGAUUUGUUUUUACAUUGCAGAUGCACUCUGUGCUCACUGCGCAGCUGUAUUUUUGUUGGAGUAUUUGUAUGUGUAUGUGCCAUUUUUAAACUUUAAUGAUGUUGAAGCAUUUAAGUUCAAUUGCAGUGCCAAGUGUGCCCCUGUGUGAACUCUUGAUGCAAGACUUGUGGAUUAUUUUCUAUUAAUAACUCAGUAAUUCAUGUCUGUCAAUUUUCUAGUCGUUUUGUACAAUGCUUUUACAUAAGAAAAAAAAAAAGAAAUAUAUUUAGCGGCCUCUGUCAACUCUGUAUGGUUGGUGUUGUCAUUUUACUCACUGCAGUGGCUAUGGCAUUCUGCUGCUAAACACAAGGUUACGGGUUCCAUUCUUAGUAGCGUUUGUCCGCACUCUGAUAUAGAAGAAUGCAAAAGUACUCGCUUGCUGAGAUAGUAGUGCUCGUUAAAAAACAUCUUGGUCCCAAAUAAACCCGAAGCACCCACUAAAAUGUCUCUCAUAGCCAGACCUCCACUUUGGGCUGUAAAACCUCUGAAGUUAUGUUUACUAUUACCGAUACCGCUAUUUUCUACCGUUAAAGGGGAGGUACGAUAAGGGGGAGACACAAUAAGAUUCUUAAUCUUUCCAGUUUAUACUUAAUGUUCUGUCAUUUCUUUUCUCAUCGUGCAUGUUGAAUAGGCUGUGAUGCAGUUUAUUAGAACAAAAUAAAGUAGGACAUAUCUGUGCACAUUUUUUUUUUCUAUGCACUUGAAAAAUGCCAUUCACCUCUCGGUGCUACAUGCCUACACAUGACAAAAACCCAAGCUACAUUACUUGAUGUUCUGUUGUGCCCUGCCUUUUAAGGACGUAUAAGAUAUACAAUAUGAGAGAAAUGUAGCAUGUUUGUGUGUUUAACUAUGAGAUUUUACAUUGAGUUUGACAGUAUCGUUUGUUUUGUAGAAGCAGACCUGUACAACUUUAUAAAAAUUAAAAAUAAAACUGAAUGUCAAAGCUUUGGAGAAGAAAAUUGGUAUAACAAAAAGAAAUAAAGGAAAAACAAACCCGAGCAAUAUGAUAACAGCAUUAAACGGAUUUGUUGCUUGGCAAUUUGGUGCAGCUUACUGUACAUUCAUUUUAAUGGUGAAGAACAGACACCACACAGGAAACAUGACACACAGGUGCUUGUGUGUCUCAUGUUUCCUGUAUGGUGUCUGUUCUUUGUGCCAUUAAAAAGAAUGUAUAGCAUGUACAAUGAUAAUUGCAUUUGUCUUAAAAUAAUAUAAUUCAAGUCAGAUGCAGCAAAAGGCAUCACCAGCCACAUACAAUGUUUAGGGAAAAAUACAAACAGUAGCUGGCAAAAAAAAAAAGGAAGAGUAGUCUGUGAUUGAUACAAUAUCAUCAAGAAAGGAGAAGGUUCAUGUGUAGUAUGUGGCACAAAUGAAAAAUCAGCGCAGCUUCGCUGACUUAACGUCGUGAAGACUGAUGAAACAGCGGAGCUGGUGGCUUCAACUUGGCUUUUACUUCCCGAUGAGUCUCUUCGUACCGCUGCCGUAACACUGCUUCCCUCACUCGUAACUCGGGGUCUUCGGAUCUUCGCCGUCGCUUAGCCUCGGCUUCCCUUGCUCGGAACUCUGGGUCGCAUAGGCGCCGACUACGGGGGGGCUCCGGGGCUCUCCCCCCCCCCUCCCCUCUCCUAAAAUGUCAGCACCAGAGUACUGUUACCCAAACCGUUUAUGGUUUCUUUUGAGUUGCCUCUACAUUUGCCCUUAAAAUGUGAUAGUGGCUAAAAGCUCACUGCAUCAUCGUUGAUGCAGACGUGCGCAGCUUUUAUUCAUAAUUUCGCUUUAUUUCUGAAAGUCAUGGCAAUAGGAAAACAAGCGCAUUAGAAGCACCAACAGCGGCUCCCUCAUCCGUAUUUUUUCACUUCAACAUGUUAUUUUUAUUUCCACUGUGAACACCAUACACAGACACAUUAUAUUUCAAUGUGUACACAGGACAAAAUUUAUGAUAUUUUGAAAGAGAAAAACGUAGCCAACUAACAAUUAUUUCUAAUGAUAUGGAUAGUCUAUGUCUAGAGAAUCAAUAUGUUGCUGUAUGUUCAACUCGCUACAAAUUGCUUUGCACACUUUUUUGACACUGAAAAAGGUCUGCAGACUUCAG